GAUCGAGAACCUUGAGCAAAGCAAUGAGGGAAUCUACACCUGCAGAGCUACAAGUCUGUUUGGACAGGCUCAGGACAGUGGCAAACUCACCAUUCAAGCUCUACCCAAAGUGAUGAUCAACGUGCGCACAUCAGUACAGACGGUGAUGGUGGGCAACUCAGUGGAGUUUGAGUGUCAUGCGAUCGGUGAUCCUGAGCCCACGGUGCGCUGGAGUAAAAUGGGAGUCUCUCUUCCAGAUCAUGUGGAAAUAAGGGGGAACAUCCUGAGGAUAGAUCAUGUGGUCGAAUCAGAUUCAGGACAGUACCGCUGCACCGCCACUAAUAAUGUUGGCUCGGAGUAUAACCAGGUGGUCCUUAAUAUCCAGUCCUUGCCUCAGAUUUCUGCACAGCCUGAGUCAAAGGAAGUAACAGUUGGCUCUGAUGCGGUCUUGCCUUGCAUUGCGUCUGGAUACCCAGUCCCAACCAUCACAUGGUCAAAGGUGGAGAAUGAGUUACCCCCUAAGUGCAGACAAGAUGGACAUGUCCUGACAGUCCCUGGUGUCACACACUCAGAUGCAGGAACGUAUGCAUGUACAGCUGCUAAUAAGCAAGGGAAAGUUGAGGCCUUCACCAGACUCGUUGUUCAUGAGAGAGUGAUGCCCUAUUUUACCCAGGAACCACUCUCGUACCUCACACUCCCCACUAUCAAAAACCCCUACAAAGCAUUCAGCAUCAAAAUUACCUUCAGGCCGGACAUUGUUGAUGGGCUCAUUUUGUAUGCCGGUAUGAUUCUUUAUAAUGGACAAAGGAAGACCACCGGUGCUGAUUUCAUAUCUUUUGGGUUGGUGGGUGGCCGUCCUGAAUUCAGGUUUGAUGUGGGCUCUGGUAUGGCAACUAUUCGUCACCCUACUCCCAUUAAACUGGGCGAGUUUCACACAGUGAAGCUCUAUAGGAAUCAGACUCAGGGCUCUCUUGUUGUGGAUGGAGAAGCUCCUAUAAAUGGGACCUCACAGGGAAAAUUCAAGGGCCUGGAUCUGAAUGAGGAGCUUUUUGUGGGCGGUUAUCCGAACUACAGCAUGCUUGCUAAAACUUCUCAUAUUGCAUAUCCUCCUCUUACUAAUAUUCAUUACGACCUCCGGAUUGAGAUGGAGUUCAAGCCCAUGAAUUCUGAUGGGCUGAUGUUCUUCAGCGGUGGCAAAAAGAUGAAAGUAGAGGACUUUGUGACGUUAUCCAUGGUGGACGGACAUGUUGAGUUCCGAUAUGAACUUGGUACAG